UGGUGUUGUAGAUUUAAAAUAUCUUCUUUUUAUCUUACAUACUGGACAAAAUAGGAAUUUUUAUAGCCGAUCGACGCUAAAGUAAUCCAAUUAGUAUUUGUGUGUCUUGAUAAAUUUAUUUUACUUUGUUGUUUUUACAUUUGAAGGUUUUUAAAUCAGGAAUUACUUGCCGAGUUACACUGCGGACAGUCACAGCGUGAUCAGAAUCCACAAUCAAACUCAUUUGAACUUUUAAGUCGCUAGACAUUAACAGUGCUUACUUUUAUAAUGGCUUUAGAUUUAUCAAACAUUCAGAAUACCUGGGACAUGCUAUGUGAAAAUGCCGAUGAACAAAAGGAAAAUAAAACGCCUGUGGCUGUUCGAAAGAGUGGCAGAAAGUCGUGGUUUGAAACCCCGAGAUCGGCGAAAUUGGAAAUCGCUGUGGAGAGAAAGAAACGUCGGUCUCCUGGGAAGAGACGAUCCGAAGAGAUGGAAACUUUAUUAUUGACUCAUUUUACUAAUCCACCACAUAUUGAUUUUGGAAAAGUCAAAGUGACAACUUCCAGAACAAGACACAUGGUCUUGAAAAACCCUCAUGAGUACGAACAGGAAGUUGUUAUUGAAAAGUUUCCAUAUAAAAAGAAAUUUUCUAUUGAUGAAACCAAGUAUGUUGUCGGUCCCGAGGAUUCAAUAGUUAUUUCCAUCACUUGGUGUCCGGAGGAAAAUGGCAAGUGCAGAGAAAUGGUGCUCUUCAAAAUUGAUGGUCUUUAUAGAUUGCAGGCCUUUGUGUUGGGAACAGCUGAACCCCCCAAACAAGCACGGAAAAGUUCACAAAGAAAAGGAAUCUUAGGGGCAAAAGUGAAGCGUCCAUUUUCCAUCCUUCACACACCUGGCCUGGCAUGUAUUCGUGACAAUUACAGCCCACAAGAAACAGAAGAAAAGCCUAGAUGGAGACCACUGAAGGAAUCGGCCAACACGAAUCCUGAUCAGCCAAAUUUAUAUCAUGAGAAAAGUGCAGUUUUUUCACCCCCAACAAUGGAGUCGACCAUCAUUUCAAAGCCAGCUGGAUCAGAAACGUCUCGAUCUGUGAAGAUGUCCGACUUGGGAUGUUCGCCAUCUCUUCUGAAAAGCUUCAGUCCGAUUGCACAUGCGUCUGAUGAGAACUGUCUCCUCGAUACGUACUGUGCUGCAAGGCAUGCGUCUCCUUUGGUGGAGGUCUGCAUCAACGAUGGGAUCGACGUAAAUGUGGCACAGUUUUCAAAAUGCGAGCCUAAAUCGAAACUGGUGUUUGAGACACCUUCGAAAGACACGGCAGCACCUAAUACACAGGUGAAACAAAACGACAUUGGGACAGAUUGUAACGAUGCUGACAUUAGAGACACAAGCCAGACUGGGUAUAACAUUCAACAUUCAACUAAAUAUCUUUCGCCUGAAACGUUUCUCAAUGAUUCGCUAUCAUUAAAAUCAAAGCAGACAGAUGGGGUACAGCCAUCUCAGUUGUUUCUUCCAGCUGGCGACAUGUUUGCUACGGUUGUUGUUAGUCCAAAUUCAUUUUUAGAAGACCUGAAUGCUUCAAAAUAUGAGGCACCUAGCAAACGCUUUUCCGAGAUUCCCAGUCCAUCGUCUGUUCUAAACGACUCUAUUCCUCAUGAUGUGAUGCUCAAGCGACUAUCAACAGUACGUACCAGUCUUAUUGGACGAAACAAAAGUUACGACGAAUUGACAUUAAGUCCUAAAGGGAAAAAUAAAGUAAAUCUUUUUCAGUCAGAACCAGAAUUGGUUUCUGGCUUUUCUCAUCUUCGGAAUGAUCACUCUUCUGGAGGUAACAAGAAAUCUCUUUCGAAGAACAUCCUUAGAAAAGAAGAUCGAUUCACAAAAAUCCCUUGCACCCAAAGUCCUAGACGAACGACAUUCCUAGUGAAAAAGAACAAAACCACUCAACAACAUGUAAAGCACAGCACACAAACAAAUAGCAAGACCUUAUCAAGAACUCAGAAAUACACAAACAUACACAAGGCAGGUGUUAAAGGAAAGAAGGGGGCGCAGCAGUCCACUAACAGUUUGAGGGAGAACAUUCGAUCAGACAUGUCAUCUGUCGAUGAUAGUCUAGUAAAGACGCCACUUUUAAAUAUGUCAGGUUCCGAAACCGUGACUAAAAUCAAACAUAAUGGUACUUUAAACCUGUCAGGUUCUGAAACUGUGACUAAAGUCAGACAUAAUAUUGGUACUUUAAAUCUUUCUGGUUCGGAAACUGUUACAAAAAUUAAACCUGAUGAUGUGGAUAAAUCUGUAAACAGACUCUCUAGCCUCAGUGCCAGUAAGUACGUAGACUCGCCAGCAGCAAAGGAUGAAAAAAGUCACGAAUCUGCAAAACCAUUUACCAUUGCAACAACUGAUGGUAAGGUUACCUCAGUAAAGAGAUUGUUUGCUAGUAAACAGUGCAGUUCGGAUUCAUGUGAAGAACAAAGAACUGACCAGCAGGCUUCUGACACCAAGCCUAGUUUGUAUUCUGAAGCAUCUCCAAACACCUGUGGAUCCCCACGCUUCUUCGCUGUUACCGAUAUUGGAUCACUGCAGCCCCUGCCCGACACUCCGAACUUUGAAGUCUCCAAGAGGACAACACAUACUGUAUUCAAGCUGAGACCAUCGGACGCUUUGCUUCAAGCAAAUAACAACAGAGCAGUUGUUAACAAGCAGUUGUUUGAGAAUGAAAGAUCAGAGAUGUUCGAACAAGUGCAAGUAAAAGCUGUUGAGACACACAUCAUUAAUUUGGAUCCCACUGUGGCGACUGCUACCUACUGCAAGUCCAAAACUGAAUGGUCUGCUGAAGUCACCAGUCGUGUGUUGUAUGAAAGAAUGUCUGACCAUCAUAAUGUGCCUGAUCAUGCCUCUGGAGGAAACACUUCUGGACAGUGUUCUGGAUCCAGCGGGUAUGUUUCUCCUGCUUUUAGAUCACCCUCUCGGGCUCUGCCAAGCAGCCCGGUCAUAGAAAACUGUCGUAGAUCCACUCACGUUAUUGCUAAACCCAAACUGUUGAAUCUGAAUGCCAGCCCAAGGAGACUGUUUCCAGCAUUGUUUGACAAGGAACCCGGUACACAAGUUGUUACAAGAUCCAGUAGUGUCAGUUCCAGUGAUGAUACAUAUUCCAUCAACCUGGUGGAGUCCCACUUGGUCCAGAGCUGUCACACAAGUGAUCACGGUAACAUGGAGUCGACCAGAAUAGACAGCUGUCCUGACACUGUGGUGACGCCUCCCUGUGUUUCAAUCAUCACCAAUGAUGGGCCAGAGUCUACGACAACUGAUGUUUUUGUCCACAGUGAGUCAUCCAGCAAGACAAAUUUUCUGCCAAGCUAUGAGAAACAAGAAUCAAAGUCAAGCGACCCCCGUGACAUGUGCACAAGGGAGAAACAGCAUGUUGAUCAGACUAGAAGGAGAAAGGUGACAGCGUCACGCAGAUCAUCUGAGUUUUCUGAGAACAAAUCUGCAUCCGUCUCAAGUCCACCUGCAUUAAACGUCCAAGCGAAGAAUGCUUGUAACUCUUCUGCAGGAGAGGUUCAGAAUAACCGGAGAACAGCAUUGUCGGACUUCAAGAAAAAGAAGAGCGACUUGAAACCGGCGGUUCAUAAACCUGUCCAGAAGAGAGCGCUCGGUGAUGAUUCACAAAAAGCUGACAAGGAGCAGAAUCCUUGUAAACAAAACAAGACAGAGCCUGAUUCAGCAGAAGCUAGGAGGAAGAAAGGUCUUUUGUGGAGGUUGACAUCUGGAAAGAAGAAACAACCGUCGAAAGUUGUUGCUCAUCCUAAGCUCAUUCUAAUGAAGCAGUCGAAGACUGGUGUUCCGAAACAUCCAAUGCCGUAUGCGGCUAAGAACAUGUACUACGACGAACGCUGGAAAGAUAAACAGGACCGGGGUUUUGUCAAGUGGCUCAACUUCAUUCUCACACCUUCCGAUGAAUAUAACUACGCUGUGAACAAAACAAAAGUUGAUGUCGGCUCUCUCUGUGUUGAUGGGAACAAAGAUGGUGUCUGUAACAGAGCACCAACGAAGGAGGUCCUGUCGUUUCGAGCGUACGCAGCCAGACGGCGGCUGAACCGGUUGAGACGGGCCGCGUGCCGUCUGUACCAGUCAGAACAGGUCAUCCCCGUCAUUAUCAAGAUUGAGGCGGAGGUUGAGAAACUCGGUCUUGCUGUCAGAAAGGACAGAAUGCUUCAUGCUGAUAUUGGAAUAAAACAGCGCAUAUUGGAUAUGCUGCUUUGUUACAAUCCACUUUGGCUGAGAAUAGGACUUGAGACUGUGUUUGGUGAGAUCCUGCCACUGCAGUCGAACAGUGAUAUUGUAGGGAUGUCGAGAUACAUUCUGUGCCGUUUAGUAGACAGUCCAGACCUUGCAAGAGAGUUUUCGCACCCAACCGUGCCACAUCUGUACAGGAACGGUUAUGCAGAGGCUGUUGCACAACACACACUGAAGAAAUUCUUGUUGAUUGUGUUUUUCCUGGACCGGGCCAAAACAUCCAGACUAAUCGAUCAUGAUCCCUGUCUUUUCUGUAAAGAUGCGGACAUUAAGGCCAGCCGAGACCUGUUGGUGUGUUUCUCGCGGGACUACCUGAGUGGGGAGGGUGACGUCACACGGCACCUGUCGUACCUUGGAUACACCGUGUCCCACGUGCAGACGGCCCUCGACGAGUUUGACUACUCCGUCACCAAACUCGGUGUCGACCUGCGAGAUGGAUUCCGACUGAUGCGGGUGUUUGAGUUUCUCACAGGAGAGUGGAACCUAGUGAGACAGCUGCGCGGCCCAGCCAUCAGCCGGCUGCAGAAGAUGCACAAUGUAAACGUGGUGUUUAAAAAACUUGCUGACCGAGGCCUUGACAUUUCACAGGUCGAAGGAGGAAAAAUAAGUGCUUGUGACAUUGUUGAUGGACAUAGAGAGAAGACAUUGAAAUUGCUGUGGUAUCUCAUAUUUAAUUUUCAGGUUGACGUUCUGAUUAACCAAGAGGAGCUGACUGAAGAAAUCAAGUAUCUUGAGCGCAGUCUCCGAAUGAAGAUCAGCAUGCAGAAACUGUUGCAUGUCUAUCCAGAUAGUUCUGCCCGGCGAGAUUCUGGAGAAACUGAUCUAUGUAUGGAAAAUGAAAGGCUGUCUUUGCUUCUACAAUGGUGCAGAGUUGUCUGCCUUCAUUACGGUGUGAAGAUUGAGAACUUCACGGUAUCAUUCUCAGAUGGACGCGCUUUGUGCUGCUUGGUGCACCACUAUCACCCAAGCCUUCUACCACUGGACGAGAUUCAACUUACCACUGGUCAGACCUACACUCAGCGGCUGGAAGAUCUGCAGACCAAAAUGACCGAUGAGGUCAGUGUCAGUCAGGAUGAUGACACUAGUUUCACCGACGGUACAGUGCCGGAGGACCCAGGCUUGUUUGAGUCGCUGCUCGACAAUGAAAGAAAGAAUUUCAAACUGCUGUACGAGAAGAUGUCUGAGCUGGGCGGCGUCCCGCUGAUGCUGAAGUCGACGAACAUGUCGAACACAAUCCCGGACGAGAAGGUGGUGAUCACGUACGUGACGUACCUCUGUAGCCGACUGCUCGACAUCCGACACGAGUCGCGUGCGGCGCGUGUCAUCCAGCUCGCAUGGAGGAGGCUCUGUUUGAGAAGAGCUCUCAGAGUUCGCCAGAAAGAAGACAAAGCUGCCAAGACAUUACAGACAGCUGCGAGACAGUUCUUGAAGCACAAAAAACUGGAACGAGAGAAACGGGCUGCGGCUUUAAUCCAGACUGCAUGGAAACGACAUCAGGCUCGGCAGCGAACCGCUCUUCUCAGGAUGGCCGAACAAAACAAGGAGAUGAGUCAGGCCGCAGUGAAGAUACAGACGGUUCUGAAGGGCUGUGUUGCCAGAAGACGCUAUGCACAAAAACGAAAAGCUGUUUUCACAAUCCAAGCAGCCUUUCGGGGUUACCUAGUCAGACGAGACAUCAAGAAGAAAAAUGCAGCAGCAGAAAAAAUUCAGACCUUCUAUCGAGGCUACACAAAGACCGCAAAUACACGGAAAGGAUUUGUUACUUUACGAACGUCCACACUGACUCUUCAAAGGGCACUUCGUGCACAUCUUGCCAAAAGGCAUUCAAAACAGUUGGAAGCUGCAGUCUGCAUUCAGCGGCACUGGCGAGGAUUUAAAGAUAGAAAAUACUUCUGCAAUCUUAGAAAAGCUGCUUUGGUUGCUCAAAAAUGCUCCCGAAUGAAGAAAAGUAGACAGGACUUCACGAAGCUGAAGGAAUCGACCCUGAAGAUGCAGCAGAGGUACAGGGCGAAAAUGGCUGGACAGUCCACGAGAACUGAAUACCUGCUUACCCGUACGGCUGUAUGUAAGCUUCAAGCUCAUACCAGGGGCAUGGUCGUAAGACGGAAAUACGUAGCUCUAAAACGCAGUGCAGUGUUCAUGCAGAAAAACUUCAGGCGGUACAAAUGUCAGGUUCGAUACCACGCUACGAGACUUGCCGUCGUCAUCAUCAAGAGGGCGUACAGGAACUACAGGCUGAGAAUUGGGAAAAACGAGGAAGAGAAGGAACGUACUGCAGCCAGUCUUUGUAUCCAACGGUGGUGGAGAAAUCAAGAGCAGGUAAAGUCUGAAAAGGUUAGGAAUGCUGUGUUGAGGCUGCAGUCAUGCUGGCGAGGGUAUAAGGUCAGACAGGAUUUCACAGCAUUACGAAAAGCAACAGUCAUUGUGCAGUCCCACGUUAGAGGGUUCAUCGCAAGAAGAAGGUUCUUGAAAACUAUUGCAGCAGUAAUUGUGCUGCAACAUCACGUGCGCAGUUUCUUGGAGAAGAAGCACUGCCAAGCUGAACUGUUACAGAAGACGACGGCAGCUGUGGUUGUCCAGAGGAUGUGGAGGCUGAAGCAAGCAAGAAGGAAUUAUCACAGAACAUGUAGAGCUGCUCUAGUUUUGCAAAAGAACUUUGCAAUGUUGAUUGCAAGAAAACGCUUCUUGGAGCAAAAAAGAGCAGCAGUUGUUUUGCAAAAGCACAUUCGAAAGUUCUUACUCUCAAAAGCAUCUGAGAGAGAAAAGGCCAAGUUGAACUGUAACGCUAUCGUGAUCCAGAGCUGGUGGCGUGGAUGUCACACUUGUCAGAUGUACUCCAGGAAGAGGCGGGCAGCUGUUGUCAUUCAGAGACAGUACAGAGAUCACGUGCUGCGUAAACAGCACAAAAUACAAACGAGAUCUGCCGAGAUCAUUCAGCAAAGGUUCCGAGCACUAUUGGCGGGCCGUCAAGCAAGAAGAACUGUCUGUCGUAUGCACCAGGCAGCCAUGCUAAUUCAAAAGAACUGGAGGGCCUUUGCUGCUAGAAAGCGUUAUUUUACCGUGAAAAAAAGUGUUGUCAUCCUUCAAAGUUAUGUUCGUAGGUGGCUUGCUCAGAGCCAUUAUCAAAGGAUGAAAAAGGCUGUCUGUGUGUUACAGACAAGACUCCGAGCUCACCUAGAGGGCAAGGAAACCCAGGAGAGUUAUCUGUUGAUUCGAAACAAGCUUAUCAAGAUUCAGGCCUUUGUGAGGAGCUCCAGGUGUCGGAGAGAAUUUGUGGCCAAGAGGAGAGCUGUGGUCUUAAUUCAGUCAUACGUUAGAAUGCAUCAGCAGAGACAAGACUACAGAAGAGUCCUGGCAGCUGCGUGCAUUAUUCAGAUGAGAUUCCGACAACACAUGUCUGCUCUGGCCGCCAGAACCUCAUAUCUAGCCUUAAGACGUGCAGUUGUCAGUCUGCAGUCGCACAUGAGAAGACGAAUACACUCGAAACGUUAUAGCAAGAUGAGAGCUGCUGUGUUAAAGCUACAGUCCUUUGUGAGAAUGCGUAAGAUGAGGCAAGAAUUCUGCAGCCUCAAGAAAGCAGCUGUUUCCAUACAGAGUCUGUAUAGACAGAGACGACUUGCUGGACACCAAAGAGUUGUGUUCCUCCGUCAAAGGGAUGCUUGUUUGAAACUACAGCGUGCUGUCAGAGGCAUGCUCCGUCGACGCAGCUUAAGAAAGAACCUUGCUGCUAAAAAGAUUCAGUCUCUCAUCAGAGGUUACCUUGCAAGGAAAGAGUUUUUGAAGGUGAGACGUUCUGUGAUAGUCCUGCAGUCAUACGUACGCAUGCACCAGGCUCGUGUAUGGUUCAGCAGCAGAAAGAGUGCUGCGGUAACAAUUCAGCAAAAGUACCGAUCGUUUCUAAUUGUCCGGAAAGCACGACAGCAGUUUCUAGCUAAAAGAGAAUCGGCCAGAACUGUUCAAGCAGCCUACCGGUCGUAUCUGGUACGGAAGAUGAUUACAGAGCAACGGAAGGCUGCACUGCAGAUUCAAACCAUAUACAGGAUGUAUGCAGUCAGAAAGUCUUACCUUCAGCUGAGGUUGACCACGUUAACAAUGCAGAAGGUUUACAGAUGCCACAGAACAGGGAGAAAGCAGCAAAUGCUGUAUCUUCAACAGAAGUCUGCUGCUGCUGUCAUUCAGAAAUUCUGCAGAGGCUUUCUUGCGAGAAGUCGAUUGCGAAAAAUGCAGAUAGCUGCUGUCAAAAUACAAUCUGCUUACAAGUCUCACCGACAGAGAAUCCUCUUUGUAAAGCUCCGUGGUGCUGUGUUGUUGUGUCAGAGACUGUAUAGGGCUCAUCGUAUAUCCAGGCGCGAGAGACGGUGCUUUCUCAUGCAGGUUGGUGCUGCAGUUACCAUUCAGGCUUCGUUUAGGACAUAUAUAGCUCGGAAGAGAUACCUUGAUCUCCGCAGAAAGCUUCUGCUCAUUCAAGCUUCGGUACAGACCUUCUUACAAAGAAGAAAAUACCUGAAACUUUUAAGUGCUUCAAAAGCAAUCCAGGCACGGUUUAGGGCACAUCAGAGUGCAGUUAUGGCAAGACGCAAAUUUCUGCAAGUGAAAUCAUCUGUUGUCAUCUUGCAGACUGCUUUCAGAAGGUGGAAGAUCGUUGAAGCCAAAAGACGCGAACAGGCAGCGGCUGUGAUUCAGUCGUAUUUCCGGAUGCGGAAGCAGAGAGUCAGGUUUCAGACAACCCGUGGUGCAGUCGUGCGUGUCCAGUCAGUGGUCAGGGGAUUUCUGUCUCGGUGUCGAUAUCGAAGAAAACUGCAGGCUGUAAAACUGCUGCAGAGAAACAUUCGGGUGUACGUUUUGUUAAACGCUCUCCGACGAGAGAUGCUGCAGCGAAGGACAGAUGUCAAGCGAAAUGCAGCUGCUGUUUGCAUCCAGGCGUCUGUCCGACAAUAUUUGCAGCGAAAACACUUCUGCAAGGUCCGACAAGAGAUAAUAAUGGUGCAGAGCAUGGCUCGUGGUUACCUCGCAAGAAAAAUGGUGAUAGAGAUGAGAUGUCGACGUCGGGCCGCUAUAACCAUGCAAAGAAUAUUCAGAAGUCGCUUGGCUGCUGAAAGAUUAAAAGUGGUGAAGGAGAAGAGGAAGGCGUACGUGGAUCACUAUACUAGAGUUGUGUCGUUCCACCUGGCUGCUGCUCGGAUCCAGAGGUGGUACCGCCGACGGCUGGUCCUGGAGAGAGCCAGGGAGAAGCUACACAGUGUCAUCGUUAUUCAGAGAUAUACGAAAACAUUUUUGGCCAGACUAAAAUUCCUCAAGUUGCGGAAUAGCAUUGUUCUUAUACAGAGAAGAGUUCGGGAGUGGAUUCAGAGAAGGGACCAGGCAGCUAAAGUCAUACAGAGGAAGGUUGUGAAAUGGCUGCUUGUUGUGAAACAGAACCGACUUCAUGGGCAUGCUGCCAAGAUACAGGCUGUGUGGAAAGGCUACUACGUGAGACGCAACACGAAGAGCAAGAAGAUAAACACUGUGAGGAUACGCAUCGCCGAGGCCAACAGCUCUGCCACAGAAGAGAAGAAACUGGGAAACAGGACGACAUCGGCAUUAGACUACCUGCUCCGAUACCACCAGCUUUCAUACAUCUUGGAUGCACUGAUACAACUCGAUGUAGCCACCCGAUUGUCGCCGCGAUGUUGCAAGCGUCUGGUUGAAGUCAAUGCCGUCCACGUCAUCUACAGACUGAUACAGAGCGGCAAUCGCAGUCUGCCGCACAUGGAGCUCAUUAAAUACGCUGUCAAUAUUCUCCUCAACUUGGUCAAGUACGACAGAACGAGGCCAGCCGUGUAUGAUGUGGAUGACGCUGCAGCGAUAUUGGUGGAGUUGAUGGCGGUGUACCGCGACAAAGGCCUCAUCUUCAGCAAAACCUGCACGCUUCUCGGAAUCCUGGCACUUGAUACAAAUACCAGAAAUGAUAUCGCAAGUCAGAGUAAAGUUGUUGAAAAGAUACAAACCAUCCACUUCUUGACGUUACGGAAACACAGCAUCGACGAGGAGCAGAGAGUCCGGCGUGCGAAGCUUGCCGCACAGAAGACCUUCAACUGCACACUCCCAUUGCCGACACCAUCGAAACAGCGACUGAUCCGACCCGAGUGGGCACUGAGGCGGAACAGUUUCGAGGGCAUACAGGACCCGCUGAUGGCCAUUAACUUCGUCAUGGAAAAUCUUAUCCUUAAGCCAAAGAGGGUCUAGGCAUUUUUAAUGAUGGAGCUUGUUUUGACUUUACAGGGGGGGGGGGGGGGGGCAAUGUGGAGGGGGUGAGGGUUAUUCCACGUUACCAGUGCCAUACCGAAAACAAAGGUCUUGUAAAUAGUGUCAGUAAUUAAAUGUGAUGCCCGUUUGUCGGACCGGAUGUGCUAUACCUGUAGUUCCCAAACUUCUGUUCCUGUUCAUUUUGUUUUUAAAAUAUACAAUUAUGUUAUCGAUGAAUUUGUUUUAGUAAACAUUCCACAGUGAACUGUGUGUUUAUGGUGUUAAUAUUGAAAAUCAGGGUGGGUUGGUGUAUGCCUUUAUAAUUUGAACCAAACAUUUUAUCUCCGAUUGUAAACUGAUUCUGUACUGUGAUUGGUUAAUUACAUUGUUUUUCCGGGAUCAAAUGAAAAUAACACCCGGAAAGUUAAUGACGUCAUUAGCAAUUGGAAUAGGCCAAGUUGACCAUUCAAGGGUCUACAGUUAGAUUGUGGCC